AUGUCUGCUACCAGGGCUAAUAAGGACAUUUUCACCCUUUUUGACAAGAAAGGCCAGGGCGCCAUCGCCAAAGACUCUUUGGGAGACUACUUGAGAGCAAUUGGCUACAACCCAACCAACCAGCUUGUACAGGACAUCCUGAACGCAGAUUCCAGCCUGAGAGAUUCCUCCAGCUUGACACUGGAUCAGAUUACAGGUCUGAUCGAAGUCAACGAAAAGGAAUUAGAUGCGACCACCAGGGCGAAGACAGAGGACUUCGUCAAAGCGUUCCAGGUUUUUGACAAGGAAAGCACGGGCAAGGUCUCUGUUGGUGACUUGAGAUACAUGCUUACCGGCUUAGGUGAAAAGCUGACUGAUGCCGAAGUAGACGAGCUGUUGAAAGGAGUCGAAGUGGACAACGAUGGGGAAAUUGACUACAAAAAGUUCAUCGAAGAUGUUUUGAGACAAUGA